AUGCAUUAUCUACGAGCUCUGGCUUGCGCUUUGGCGCUCGCUCCCUCUGUUGUUUUCUCUGCGCCACCGGCCCCCCAGCCUCCCCAGCCUCCCCGCUCUGAAGUGAAUCCGUACAUAGGGAAGGAGGUUUACGCGAACAAGGGAUACGCAAAGAAGCUCGAAGAGACCAUCCAGUACUUCAACCAGCGUUACGACUACUAUAAUGCAGCGAAGACGAAGACAGUCCAAAAAAUUCCUACCUUUGCUUGGAUAUCAUCGUCCGCGGAUAUCUCCAACAUUAAGGGACUCGUCAAGGAGACUCUGAAUGCUCAGGUGGCCACAAAGAAGAAGCAGAUCCUACAGCUUGUGGUUUACAAUUUGCCUGAUCGUGACUGUUCCGCCAAGGCUUCUGACGGAGAAUUCCAUCUCGACGACGACGGUCUUAAUAAGUACAAGAACUACAUUGACACUAUUGCGAGAGAACUGAACACUCCCGACGCCAAAAAGCUCAACUUUGUCGUCAUUCUCGAACCUGAUUCGCUCGGAAACGCUGUUACCAACUUGAAUGUUCCUAAGUGCGCCAAAGCCGCUCCUGCCUACAAAGAGGGUAUCUCGUACGCAAUUGCGAAGCUCCAGCAUCCUAAUCUUUCUAUCUACAUCGACGCUGCUCAUGGAGGAUGGCUUGGUUGGGACGACAACCUCGCACCCACCGCCGCCUUGUUUGCCGAAGUUCUCCAGGGAGCCCAGGCUAUCACCCCUGGAGCCACCGUUCGUGGCGUAGCCAUCAACGUCUCGAACUAUAACCAAUACAUCGCUCCUAUCCGCGAGAACUUUACGGAAUGGUCGAACAGCUGGGACGAGAGCCACUAUGUCGAAUCGCUGACCCCGCACCUCGAGCGGGCCGGUUUCCCCGCCCACUUCAUCGUCGACCAAGGCAGGUCCGGCAAGGCUGGCGUCCGCACUGAGUGGGGCCAAUGGUGCAACGUGAAAUAUGCAGGGUUCGGUACGCGCCCUACAGCAGACCAGGCUGUGCUGAAGAACCCACAUGUCGAUGCUAUUGUAUGGGUGAAGCCUGGUGGCGAGUCGGAUGGUACGUCGGACCGCAACGCUGCUCGCUUUGACGAGGUGUGCGCUGGACCAGUGGCACAUGUCCCUGCGCCUGAAGCUGGCGCGUGGUUUAAUGAGUAUGUAGUGAACUUGGUCAAGGAGGCCAAUCCUGAGCUUCAAGCUACAUGGUCGUGGCCUUGA